CAACAUCGUUUGAAGCAGAUCUCACCAGUCGAACAAUCAGUGUACUAAGCAUCAGAAGAAGACACCAUGGCUGCACCAACUGCUCUCAAGAAAACUGCGGCUGAAAAGGCUGUCGAAGAAUCUGUGGUGAACAGACUACCCGUUGCAGAUGAAGAUGAAGAUGAAGUACUCUUGGACACCGCAGUUCAGGACGCAAAUGAAGAAGAACAGAUACCACAGUCGAAGAAGGAAGAACACAAGGGUGUUGUUCUCGAUGAAGCCGGUAAGCCACGUUUCACGUCGGCCUCCAAGUCCGGCGAGCGCGUCAAGAUUGCCUCCAGAAAGGUUGCGAUCCCACCUCACAGAAUGUCUCCAUUGAAGAACGCAUGGCCAAAGGUGUAUCCACCUUUGGUUAGCCAGUUGAAAUUACAGGUUAGAAUGAACUUGAAGACCAGGACCGUGGAGCUGAGAACAUGGAAGGAGACGACUGAUCCAGGUGCCCUGCAAAAAGGUGCGGACUUCAUCAAGGCAUUCUCUCUGGGGUUCGACAUUGACGAUGCUAUUGCGCUUUUAAGACUGGACGAUUUGUACAUUGAAACCUUUGAAGUUAAGGAUGUUAAGACCUUGCAAGGUGAUCAUCUUAGUAGAGCAAUUGGUCGUAUUGCAGGUAAAGACGGUAAGACCAAGUUUGCCAUUGAGAAUGCUACCAGAACGAGAAUUGUACUUGCAGACUCAAAGAUCCACAUUCUCGGUGGGUUUACACAUAUCAGAAUGGCAAGAGAGGCUGUGGUGAGCUUGAUCUUGGGUUCUCCUCCUGGUAAAGUGUAUGGUAACCUACGUACGGUUGCAUCUCGUAUGAAGGAGCGUUAUUGAUCAUGGUACAUUAAUAUUUGGCGUUGGUAUAUAAUAGUGGAGCUUGUGGUUUUAAUAUACUUUUCUAUUUGCAUUCUUGUGAACUACUUGCCGAGUU